CUUAACAAAACGUUCAUCUUCUUUAGUGUGGAUUGGUCUGGAGGUAGGAUGGGAGAGCUUGGAAUAAGGAAAAAGGAAGAGACUAUUUUGAAUAAAUGUGAAUAAAUUCAUUAGAUAUGUUUCACAAUCAGAUAACUUUUUAAAAAGCAGGUCAUUUUUUAAAAGUAAAACCUUUGUGAGGAUGUAAGCCUUAAUACCAUCAAAUCUUAGUCACAAAUUUGAGGAGAUUGCCCAAUAAUAUGUUCAUGUGUAUUUGAACUGAGAAAUUGUUAACUACUCUUGCUCCUUCAGGAUCUAUGAGGCCAUUGAAGGGCUGUGGGACCUGGAUAUCCACAUAAAUAAAUGCAUAUCUGAAGCCCCUCACAUUGUAAUAAACACAGCUGCAUUUAUUUGAGUAUGUGCUCCCAUGUACAUGUAAAAACAUUCAAACAAACACACUCCACAGAUUUAUUUGAUUGUGCAAUGGGGCAAUUAUUCAAAUAAACAUACUCAAUGCAAUUAUUUGAAUCUCACAUUGCAUGUUCAUCAAUCAUUGCACUAAAAAUUGAGGGGGAAAAACACCAAAGAAUUACAUGGGAAAAAAUAUAUGUGAAAACAGCAUUAUUAUAGAUUUUAUAGGGUAGCUAAAGUUCUGGCUCCCUUCUUAACUGUAACUCAACUAUUAUGUAUUCAAAUGACAUUUGUUUCUAAUUAUUAAUUAGUUCACUCACUUUAUCAUUGUGUCAGAAUGACCACAACAUUCAGAUUCCUACAUUAGCAAACUUUACAAACUUUUACUAGAUAAGGAUGUGAAAUCUCUAUAUUUCAGAAGCAGACUAGUUCUUUCCAGAUACCUCAGAUCAAGGGGAUGCUGGUCAAAUUAUAAUGGCUUAAAUAUACACCUGUGAAUCGCAAAUCUUUUAUACGUGCAACAAAACAUUCCUACUUUUGAAUAUAUUAAAACUACAGGUGGCUCAUCUGAUCAUUUUAUAUAUUAAUGAAUAUUACAGCAUAUAUGUGAACACAUCACAAAUCGUAUUGGUGAACCAAGAGGCUAUAUAUGCCUCUCUUAAGUAUGUACUGACACAACCUAAUAUACUAAAAUGGGAAGGGGCUUUUAGUCACUGAAAUAUGCAUUGUGUAACAAAGAUAAAGAAAAUACAUGGCUUGUGCCCAUCAUUAAAAACAGAUUCAGACUGAAGGCUUAGCUUUGGUUUUUAUUCAAUUAAAUUGUUAAACUGUGCACAGUGAAUUUUUUUUAGAACUUGAGACAUUUGUGAUGUUGGCUGUUUAAAUCUUUGUUACCUUCGCUGUGAAAUGAAAUUGUACAUAUUUAGUAAAUCAUGCAGACAAAACAAACUUUUUAGACAAUAUUUUUAUUGAAGAGUUUUCUUUUCCUGUAUCCAUGUUAAAAAAAAAGACCUCCUUUCCCAAAAUAAAAUGUCAAUACUAAAUUUAAAGAAGUAUAAAGGAAUGAUUGCUUCCUUUAGAGAAAAAUAUUUAAAUAAACAUGGAG